AUGAGGCCAACAGCUCGUGUGUUUGCGCGCUACCUGGAGGCCGGUACUCCUACCGGUCUCACCGGUCUCUGGACACAUGCCACCCCCAGAUCGACCCUCCUCUACCUCUACGGAACGACCCUCAACAGGCUCCAGAAAGUCCCCGAGAACUCCAUGUACCGCCAAUCCGUCGAGGCCGUGACAAAGCACCGCAUGUCACUUGUCGAGCAGAUGGUUCCUCCCGGAUACAACGAAUGGGCGGCCCGCGCCAAGGAGCUCGUCAGCAAGAACUCGUCACAGUUCCGCGUUUCUAGCGGCCGCGUUGACGGCAGCGAAGCUCACACCGUCAAGCUCGGCGACAAGGUCUUUGUGGUGGGCCGAAAGCACGAGGCAGGCGAUGUCCGAAUCGAGGAGUGGGAUGGCGAGGAGGAUGAGGGUUCUGAGUACGAGGGUAUCCGAACACUCAAGGAGCGAGAGGACCAGGCUACUUGGGCGGAGCGCAAGCCCCUCGAGGACCACGAGAAGGUUGAGUGGGAGGAUGAGCCUCAAAUGACCGCUGAACAAGUCCACGAUCUCGAGCAGAAGAUCGGAGCUGGUCUUAUUGAGGAGGUUAUCCAGGUUGCCGAGGGCGAGCUCAAGCUGGUUGAGACUAUGGAGAAGACCAAGGUCUGGGAGGACCUUGACGAGAAGCCGGUCCCUGGCCAGUGGACUUACUUUGACCGAACCUAA